AUGGCUGCAUCAAUAAUGGAUCAGAGGGGUGUGAAGUCUGGCUCAUCUUGGAGAUGCCAUGCUGCGGCGCGAGGCGCGGAUUCCGGAAGCGAAGGCGCAACCGAAAGCUGCCUUCCCGCUUCCUCCGGAGCCUUUCCCUUCUCCCCGCCCACGGGGACCUCUCCUUUUUCCGCUUCCGCCUCCCCCUUUUCCGCCCCUGGUUCCCGAUCGUUUCCCCUUGACCCCACGCUUGCAAUGCCACCGCCCUUCUUUCCGCCAUCGUACCCGACUCCGUUCUUCGCGCCGCACUUACCGCCGCAUUUGCCUCCGCAUAUGCCGGCGUGCCCGAAGCAACUCGCCAAGUGGCAAAAACAGGCCUCCGUUCCCGUCCCCGUUUCAUCCGCCGCAAUUCGCGCCGCCCAUCGCGGCGACAAGCUCCCCCCGCCGCCCGGAAAUAUGCCAAUGGGAAUGCUCGGGGGUCCCUGCUCCCCGUAUCCCAUGCCGGUGAGUUACGGCGGAGCUUACGGUGGGUUUUACGGGCCAGCAGAUAUGGCAGCUGCGGGAAGGAAUACCGCUCAAGCUGGUCCCGCUGCUGCGGCGGCGGCGGCAGCGCCGAGAGCAGCAGGGCGGAACGGCGUUCCCGCUCGACCCAAUCUGCCCUCCGCUCCCUCCGCCCCGUCCGCCCUGUCCGCCCCUUCCGCUUCCGCCCGUCCUUCCCCUCAGCCUGCUCCCGCCGCUCCUUCCGCUUCCAGCCCUCCCUCUCGUCGCUCCGCUAUUUCUCCUCCUUCCUCUUCCUCUCCUCCUUCCGCUUCUUCCGCCCGUUCCGCCCUGUCCGCGCCCUCCGCCCCCCCUCCAUCCGCCGCUCUCGGGCCCGCACACCCUCCUCCCCGCGCGUCUUCCGCGGGUCCCCCUACAUCCUUCCCCCGCUCCGCCGCUGGUGUUUCCGCUGGCGCAGCUCCUGCGGGCGCAGCUUCCCCCGCGGGCGUGCAGGGCGCGCGGAACCACCCGCCCAUGCACUGGCGCGUUGCGCCGCCUUCAGCCGCCGCGUCUAUGCCGAUGGGCUACUUGACGGCCAUGCCCGGAAUGGCCGGCAGUUCUGCCGGCCAGAGCCUGCCGGCGCAGUAUGGAGCCCUGUACGCGGUAGAAGCUUCCCCGUUUCUUCCAUUCGGGCCGCAUGAGGGGGCUUUUGCCUUUGCGCCGAUUAUGGGCGCGGGGGGCCUGGCGCAGGAGCAGGGAGGAGCGGAGAUGGCGGGGAUGGGGAGCCUACCGCAAGGGAUGGGGGUGAUGGGGGGGAUGGUGGGGAUGGGGGGAAUGGUGGGCAUGGGGGGAAUGGUGGGGAUGGGGGGAAUGGCGGGCAUGGGGGGAAUGGUGGGGAUGGGGGGAAUGGCGGGCAUGGGGGGAAUGGUGGGGAUGGGGGGAGGUGAGAUGGGGAGCAUGGGGGGUUUGCAAGGGUUUCAUAUGGUGCAGGGCAUGCAAGGCAUGCAAGGGAUACAAGGGAUACAAGGGCUGCAGGGACAACAAGGGGUGCAAGGCAUGCAGCGAGUGCAGAGCAUGCCAGGCAUGCAAGAGUUGCAGGAGAUGCAGAGGCAGCAAGCUAUGCAUGGGGCGCAUGGGUUACAAGGUCUACAAGGCAUGCAGAGCACGCAAGGGCUACAGGAGUUACAAGCCAUGCAAUGUAUGCAAGGCAUGCAGGGAAUGCAGGGAAUGCAUGCGUUUCAAGCGAUGCCACCGAUGCAUGGCAUGCAAACACAACAGGGAAUGCAGAGCAUGCAAGCAAUGCACGCCAUGCAAGGCAUGCAGGGGCUGCAGGGAAUGCAGGGGAAGGAGAAGCAGCACGGAAAGCUGAAGCGGGGCGAAGGCAAGGACAAGGCGGCCCACCGCUACCGCGGCGUGAGGCAGCGGCCCUGGGGCAAGUGGGCGGCUGAGAUCAGGGAUCCAGCAAGGGGAGUGCGGUUGUGGCUGGGGACAUACGAUACAGCAGAGGACGCUGCUAGAGCCUAUGACGCCGCCGCCCGCACCAUACGGGGCGCCGAUGCUCAGACAAACUUUGCCGACCCAAACCCCCCUGCUGCUGCUGCUGCUACUGGUGGUGGCGAUGUUGCUGGUGGUGCUGGUGUUCCUGAUGCUGCUGGUGAUAAUGGUGCUUCUGCUGGUGGUGGUGGUGGUGGUGGCACGGCAUCUGUAGCUACUUGCGGUGGUGGUGUUGCGGGUUCUGUUGCUGCUGGUGUUAGUGCUCCUGGCACCAGUAGUGUGGCUACUGACGCUGGUGAUGCUGCUGGUGCCACGGUUGCUGCUACAGGUGCUGCUACAGUUGCUGCUAUAGGUGCUGCUACAGCUGCCUGCGUCAACGGCAUGUCUCCGUUUCUGCGCACCAAGAGGAACAGCAAGGCGCAUAAGUACAUGCAGGAGUACUGCAGUGACACUGAGAGUUUCGCAAGCGAAGUUGCAUCGGAGCUCUCGGAUUGCAACAAGCUGCUGGCCGCAGGUGCUUCAGGUCUCAUUCCCACCAUCCCAAACACAGCAUACUCUGUCAAAAUCCCUGCUGCUGCUGCUGCUGCCGCUGCUGUCAGUCCAGGUUCACGGCUCCUUCAGGAGUCGGAGAAGGCUGAAAAGGCAGAGAGAAUGGAGGGCAAUGGUGUUUAUGGCACAGGUGUACGUGAGCAAGGUGCAUCAGCCAUGCUGACAAAGCUGGAGCAAUGUCAAGAUGAUCCUGAUGCCCCAUGUCAAGAUGUUGAUGCUGGCAUGUGGGCUCUAGACAUGCCUCUAUAUAUAGAGGCAGGCGACGAUGGCAUGGAUAGUAUUCUAUGCCCAUCCCCAAACAUCGCAUUUGGACCUAUCGCCUUCCGCGUUCCCCACGCUUCUCCCCACCGUCUCUCACACACCUCCCCACGCACACGCCCACGCUUCCCCUCACCGUCGCCCACGCUUUCCCCCAUCGUCGCUCACGCUUCCCCUUACCGCCGCUCACGCUUCCUCCUGCCUUCCCCCACGCUUCCCCACACCGUCGCUCACGCCUUCCCCCACCUUCCCUCACGAUUCCCCUCUCAUCACCCACGGUUCCUCCUACCGUCGCCCACGCUUCCUCCCACUAUCACCCACGCUUCCCCCCACCGUCACCCACGCUUCCCCCCACCGUCGCCCAAGCUUCCCCCCACCGUCGCCCAAGCUUCCCCCCACCGUCGCCCACGCUUCCCCCCACCGUCGCCCACGCUUCCCCCCACCGUCGCCCACGCUUCCCCCCACCGUCGCCCACGCUUCCCCCCACCGUCGCCCACGCUUCCCCCCACCGUCGCCCACGCUUCCCCCCACCGUCGCCCACCGCCACCGUCGCCCACCGCCACCGUCGCCCACCGCCACCGUCGCCCACCCCCACUGUCGCCCACGCUUGCCCUCCCAUCGCCCUCGGUUAGACUUCCCGUCGACCUCCCUUCUCUCCCACCUCUCUCCACGUCCCUCUCACCCACCCUGGGCGGGGAGGUAUGGCGAGCUGGGCUGGGAGCUGGGGAAGGGGUCGUGACUCGUUCGCUGUGGAGUGUGGAAGGGUGCGUGGUCAGCAGCACCCACCCUUCUCUCUCUUGCACUGACCUCCUCUCCUCUCUCGCACCAACCCCACACGCAUGGCAGGUGGUGGUGCGGCUUUGGAGCAGAGUGUUUGGCGCACAGCCAGGGCAGCGCGUGCAGGCGGGCAGCAAGGAGUGCAUCGUCCUCCUCUCCCUCUCCCUUCCUCCCUUCCUCCAUCAUCUCUGCCUCACUACCCUCUUUACCCUCUCUGUUGCCCGUCCUCCCUUCCUCCCUUCCUCCAUCUCUCUGCCUCCCUACCCUCUUUACCCUUUCUGUUGCCCGUCCUCCCUUCCUCCCAUCCUUCUUUCCUGCCAUUCUUCCUCUCCUCAUCCUCCCUCGAUCCAGUCCCCCUUCCCCUUUCCAUCUCCCACUCUCCCACUCCCUUCCUCACGCCAACCCUGCUCCUCCGUUCCACCCUUCUACCUUCCCCCUUGUACCCAGCCGCACUUUUUCCUCUCAUCCGCCCAUCAUCUUAUCCGCCCAUCAUCUCAUCCGCCCAUCAUCUCAUCCGCCCAUCAUCUCAUCCGCCCAUCAUCUCAAUCGCCCAUCCUCUCAUCCGCCCAUCCUCUCAUCCGCCCAUCAUCUCGUCCGCCCAUCAUCUCAUCCGCCCAUCAUCUCAUCCGCCCAUCAUCUCAUCCGCCCAUCAUCCAUCCGCCCAUCAUCUCAUCCGCCCAUCACCUCAUCCGCCCAUCAUCUCAUCCGCCCAUCAUCUCAUCCGCCCAUCAUCUCAUCCGCCCAUCCUCUCAUCCGCCCAUCCUCUCAUCCGCCCAUCAUCUCAUCCGCCCAUCACCUCAUCCGCCCAUCAUCUCAUCCGCCCAUCCUCUCAUCCGCCCAUCAUCUCAUCCGCCCAUCAUCUCAUCCGCCCAUCAUCUCAUCCGACCAUCAUCUCAUCCGCCCAUCAUCCAUCCGCCCAUCAUCUCAUCCGCCCAUCACCUCAUCCGCCCAUCAUCUCAUUCGCCCAUCAUCCAUCCGCCCAUCAUCUCAUCCGCCCAUCAUCCAUCCGCCCAUCAUCUCAUCCGCCCAUCACCUCAUCCGCCCAUCACCUCAUCCGCCCAUCAUCUCAUCCGCCCAUCAUCUCAUCCGCCCAUCACCUCAUCCGCCCAUCAAUCCAUCCGCCCAUCAUCUCAUCCGCCCAUCAUCUCAUCCGCCCAUCAUCUCAUCCGCCCAUCAUCCAUCCGCCCAUCAUCUCAUCCGCCCAUCACCUCAUCCGCCCAUCACCUCAUCCGCCCAUCAUCUCAUCCGCCCAUCAUCUCAUCCGCCCAUCAUCUCAUCCGCCCAUCACCUCAUCAGCCCAUCACCUCAUCCGCCCAUCAUCUCAUCCGCCCAUCAUCUCAUCCGCCCAUCCUCUCAUCCGCCCAUCAUCUCAUCCGCCCAUCAUCUCAUCCGCCCAUCAUCUCAUCCGCCCAUCAUCUCAUCCGCCCAUCACCUCAUCCGCCCAUCAUCUCAUCCGCCCAUCACCUCAUCCGCCCAUCACCUCAUCCGCCCAUCAUCUCAUCCGCCCAUCAUCUCAUCCGCCCAUCAUCUCAUCCGCCCAUCAUCUCAUCCGCCCAUCAUCUCAUCCGCCCAUCACCUCAUCCGCCCAUCACCUCAUCCGCCCAUCAUCUCAUCCGCCCAUCAUCUCAUCCGCCCAUCCUCUCAUCCGCCCAUCACCUCAUCAGCCCAUCAUCUCAUCCGCCCAUCAUCUCAUCCGCCCAUCAUCUCAUCCGCCCAUCCUCUCAUCCGCCCAUCAUCUCAUCCACCCAUCAUCUCAUCCGCCCAUCAUCUCAUCCGCCCAUCAUCUCAUCCGCCCAUCACCUCAUCCGCCCAUCAUCUCAUCCGCCCAUCACCUCAUCCGCCCAUCACCUCAUCCGCCCAUCAUCUCAUCCGCCCAUCAUCUCAUCCGCCCAUCACCUCAUCCGCCCAUCAUCUCAUCCGCCCAUCAUCCAUCCGCCCAUCAUCUCAUCCGCCCAUCACCUCAUCCGCCCAUCACCUCAUCCGCCCAUCAUCUCGUCCGCCCAUCAUCUCAUCCGCCCAUCACCUCAUCCGCCCAUCCUCUCAUCCGCCCAUCCUCUCAUCCGCCCAUCAUCUCAUCCGCCCAUCACCUCAUCCGCCCAUCAUCUCAUCCGCCCAUCACCUCAUCCGCCCAUCACCUCAUCCGCCCAUCAUCUCAUCCGCCCAUCAUCUCAUCCGCCCAUCAUCUCAUCCGCCCAUCAUCUCAUCCGCCCAUCAUCUCAUCCGCCCAUCACCUCAUCCGCCCAUCACCUCAUCCACCCAUCAUCUCAUCCGCCCAUCAUCUCAUCCGCCCAUCACCUCAUCCGCCCAUCCUCUCAUCCGCCCAUCCUCUCAUCCGCCCAUCAUCUCAUCCGCCCAUCAUCUCAUCCGCCCAUCCUCUCACCGUCGCCCACGCUUCUGCCUUAG